AUGGCUUUCAACCGCUUUCGUCCCACCUCGCACUUUAUCCCUCCACACUCAUGGUCCAACGACCCUUGUGGCGCCGUCUACAUCCCCGAAACGAAAGAAUACAGAAUAUGCUACCAAUGGAAUCCUGGAACCACACAAGGCGGCAAUUCCGCCUGGGGAAUGGCAAGGAGUAAAGACAUGGUAACGUGGGAAGAUUGCUCGCCUGCAUUGAGGAAUGGGACUACAUACGACCGCCUGGGUGUGUUCUCUGGAUCCAUUGUGUCGAGGAUAGUGGAUGGGAGGAGAGUCCUGUUUCUAUUCUAUACGAGUGUUUCGGCCGUGCCGAUACAUUGGUCGUUGCCGUACCUGGAUGGAUGUGAGUCGCAAUCUGUUGCCUUCUCAACAGAUUAUGGGAAUUCAUGGCAACGAUAUGAACACAAUCCUUUGAUGACGAUACCACCGAAACUGGAAAAGACGACCGGAUGGAGAGAUCCCUUUGUCUCGAAAUGGGAACCGAUGUCUCAACUCCUUGGAGUUGAUUCGUCAACCGAUUACAUGCUGAUUGCCUCUGGCGAAAGAGGUCGUGGCCCUCAACUCCUUCUCUAUCAGUCCAAUGAUCUUCUCGACUGGCAGCCAACUUGUAUCUUGCUAGAAGCGGAAGCAAAUGCCAGAAUUACCCCUACGAGCGAACUGAAUUUUGGCAUGAAUUUUGAGUGCGCUAGUUUCUUCACCAUUGGUGAAAGACACUAUAUCAUCAUCGGAAUAGAAGAGGACAAGACCAGCAAGAGACACGAUGGCCACGCCCUGCUCUGGCUGUCUGGAACUCUAAGUCUCGAUAAUGGCAAGCCAAAGUUCAGCGUCACAAGUCACGGCCAACUUGACCAUGGUAUCGCUUAUGCAGCACACAUCUUCCGCGAUGCAGAAGGGCGAAUCCUCCAGCUGGGCUGGGCGAAUGAAGCUGCAAAUCGCCAGAUUGUUAAGAAGCAAGGCUGGGCAGGCUUUCUAACACACCCGAAAGAAUUGUAUGAGAUUUCGGCACCAAUCUCACGUAUAGAGGGCGACAUGGACCGCUGGAAUAUCAACGAAAAAUCAGGAAAGAUGACAACUCUGGGCAUGCGUCUCGCACCACAAGUCUCUCAUCUCCGUCAGUCAGCUCCGUUUACCUCACUUGACAGUCUCCGGUCCGUCCGUUCAUUGAACUACGAGAUUGUGGCUACAUUCCGCAACCUCUCUGGCUCCGAGCGGUUUAUCUUUAACGUUCGGGAAUCACCUUCAUCCGCUGAAGUCUCCAAAAUUAUAAUCGAUCUUGCCAAUCAGCGAAUAAGCAUCCACCGGUCUCGAUCUUCACUGGAAAAUCUCGGGGAGAUUAACCCAGAUGAGGGGAAGUUUCAUUUGUUACCCAGCGAAGACUUAGACGUUAGGGUGAUGGUGGAUAACUCCAUCGUGGAGGUCUUUGUUAAUGGGAGGUUUGCGGCUACAUCGAGGCUGUACCCGAGUUUGGAGAGUAGUAGAGGAGUUUCGUGGGAUUUUGGGGGAUUUGAUGAGCAGAACUUGGAAGUGAGAUGCUGGGAGGGAUUAAGAAAGGCAUGGCCUGAGAGAGGGAGUGAAGAGUUGAUGGUUGAAGAUGUCCUUGCCGCCGCGGGCAUAUCGUCGGGAGAUGAGAAGCAUGCCAUGACGGCGAGUGGGUUCGAGAUCAUUCAAGCUUGA